UGUAACGCGCGUCCACGCUCCGCUUACGAAGUGUCCCGGACCAAUGUCUCGGAUCAUCCCUCCCCGUCACCCAAAUCCUCGUCGAUAACCAUAGUCGUCGCUCGGCGACAUUGGACUCCGUUCGAUCCUACAGUGAGUGCACGGAUCGCGGAACUGGUGCAACAGGUCCUGCGAGUCUGGAAAUUAAUUCUUUGUUCUGGAAGUUCUUUUCGACGCGAUUCCAUCGCACGAAGCCUCCAUUCGUCGCGAUCUCGACCGAUCUCGUGAUUAGACCGGUCCAGACGCUAUUCGACUACCGAUCUACGCCGAGUGACCGGCUUAUUGAGGUGCCGGUUCUCGAACUUCCAGUGGACAUCAGUGGGCCAUUUUUUGUGGAGGUCUGGUUCAUGGUGCGGGUAGUCUACGUCCGCGAUUUCGAAGGUUGCCGAGCUACCUGGGACGGUCGAUCGGGAGAAGAAAGUUCAGCCGCAUCCGGCUCGAGGCAGCGCUGCCUUCGCCUGCCCCGAUCGUCGUCGCUCAUCCCCGCUCGGUGGAAUUUCGUAACUCGUCGUUGAAUUUCUCGGCCUCGCAUAUUUGCGGCGACUGCGAGUCGUUAGCGGAGGACGAAGAGGAAACCGAUCGGAAUGACGCGGUCCUUCCGCGGAACGCCGGCACGCUGACCGUCCCGACGCGUUUCUUCGCGACGCGUUGGUCUGCAAAAACCCGCGGAAUGAAAGGCGUCGCGCGAGCUGGUUUUCGGGAGGGAUCGCAUGGAGCUAUUCCGAACUUCUGACGAUUCGGCGCGGACCAGUCUCUCACGCAGCGCCUUGGCACGUCAUCGCGAGCCGAACCGAGGAGAGGGACAGCGUCUUCGUCAGUCGGUGGCCGGACAAUAGCCCGAGGAUGUUGCAAAACUGCAGCGGCGGCGGCGGGCCCAGGUGCGUCAAACGCGCCCUUAUCUUCGUCUUCGCUUGGGGACUGGUGAUGAUCGCGGCGGUACAGUUUCGCAACGCGGAGAGCAAUUUUCGGGAGACGCCGACGGCCGACGAAUCGACGGGCGACGCACUGGUGGACGACGUCUAUCGGCGCCGGGAGGCCCUGACCCACGAUCGCGGCUCCUCCAGCCUCGGCCUUUCCAGAUACCUGCUACAAAGGUCCCCGGCGGACUCCAGUUUCUCGAAUUCCGGCGGUUCCGGCCUCCUCACGACGCUCACCACCCUGGCCAACGGUCCAACGAAAAAUCCCUUGGACUUGGAGCCGCUGCUGGACAAGAGGCCUGCGAAAACCGAGGAGGAGCUGAUCCAAGAGAUCGAGCAGAGGCUGCCCAGCCUGCCUCUCGCCUACUGGAACAAGAACAGCAAGUACUCCGGCGGGCAGGCCAAGUCCAAGGGCAACGACAGCUGCUCCAGCCUGAAGUACCCGUCGAUCUACGACAUCGAGUUCAAUAACGUGUAUUGGCAGACGAUGAGGACCAGCAACGGGACGUUCCAGUUCUUCGGCGCGUUUUACGAUCGACGGAAGCUGUCCAGGAUCGGUCCAGCGAUCAGGAUCAUCGGUAUGAUCGACAGAAUCGAACCCACGGUGAAGACCCAUUGCCAAUUGUGGUACGACGGAGAAAGGGAACCGAAGGUGGUCGAGACCUUGGAGUACAAGUACAUCUGGUACUCAAAGUGGGGCAACUACAAGCAGGGCAUUUACCAGCCCUACGUGAUAGCGUGCAAGGUGCCGCAGUCCCACUGGCUGAAAGGUGCCCCAGCCUCCGUGUCCAUGGUCGAGAAGCCUUGCGACAUCGCCAGCAACAAUCUGAGGGUGAUCUACAACAAACCGGAACGCAAGAAAGACUUCGCGGUUUGCGUGAAAGGCCUGGACUUUCUUCACGAGGACCUGUCCGUCAGGCUGGUCGAGUGGAUCGAGCUGAUCACUUUGCUGGGCGCGGACAAGAUCUUCUUCUACCAGCUCCAGGUGCACCCGAACGUGACCAAGGUUCUCGAUCACUAUCAGAGGCUGGGCAAGGUGCACGUGACUCCGCUCACGUUGCCCGGCGGGCAACCGAACGUGCCCGCGUUCCAGCACAUGUAUCUGACCAAGAAGACCAACCACAAGAGGCAGAACGAGCUCAUCCCCUACAACGACUGUCUCUACAAGCACAUGUACGAGUACGAGUACAUCGCGCUCCUGGACGUGGACGAGGUGAUCAUGCCGGUACAGGACGCCACCUGGCAGGACCUGAUGAAGAGGGUCCUCGCGAAGGCGUUCAAGAUUAGAAACGAGACGCGAGCCUCGUACAACGUUAGGAACGUUUACUUCCUCGACGACCUGCUGCACUCCCAUGGCUACUUCAAUGACAUACCGAAGUACAUGCACAUGUUGCAGCACGUGUAUCGUUCUAAAAACUUCACGAAGCCAAAUCAGUAUAUCAAGUGCUUCCACAAUCCCGAGAGGGUGGUGACGUUGCACAACCAUUUUCCGUUGGCCUGUUUGGGGGCUGGAUGCACCAGCUACCCCAUAGAGACGGAGGAUGCUCAGCUGCAGCAUUAUCGCGCGGACUGCGUAAAAUCGUUGAAGAAAACCUGUGUCGAGUACAGGGAGAACAGCCUGUUGGACACGAAUAUUUGGAAGUACAAGGACCAGCUGAUCGAGAGGGUGACUAGGACCCUCGAAACCCUAGGCUUCUUCGGGCCGAGCUAGCGCGAGAAAAGACUUCGUCUAGAGUGUCUGUUGUGUGUUAUCGACAAAGCCUUCGACUACUCUUUUCCUUGUUCGUAUUUUCCACGGCUCGCUCGUUCUUCGAAACGGUUCAACGCGGAAAGUUUGCUCCCCGAGACGUCGUCGGGCAUGCGUUUGCCCCGAGAGGGCGAACGCGAGACGCGGCGGUUCAGUUUCGUCGCUUUGAUCGAAAUUGGCUAUAUUUUUUGGCUUUUCUCCGGAGAGAAGCUCGAGAGGUUCUCGAUCCUUUGAUAGAAAUGUACGAGGUGUCUAAAAAUUUUUGGGGCACAAAUAGUCAGCCCCUGAAAGCUACUUGCUCAACGGCGGGUGAUGCCACUAAGUGCCUCCUCUUGGUUGUACCAGGGACUUUCCCUUUUUUAAGAUACGUGGGUUAGCCGCGUUUCUAGUUUGCAAUUUUGAUGAGGCGAAAAAUUUCGAAUUACAGAUUUUUGCACGCAUCGUGAUAGGUGGAAUCUGAUCGUAUUAUGAUUCUAAAGAUAAUCUUUGUUGAAAAUUCUUUUCUUUGUCUAAUAUUUUAAUUUUAUAAAAGGUGAGUUUGUGAUCGUUAACGAUGUUUUCGAAUUAUUUUUCUUUUAUCGAACCAAACAAGCUGCGCGUUACUUUUUGACGCGUUCGAAGACGAAAAGGCUGUGCGAUGAUGAUUGGAUGGAAUGUGUGUCAACGAUUAGGAUAAUUCGUAGGAUAGGAUAGGAUUACGAUUUUUCAAUUUGUGCCACUUGGAGAAUGAAAACGAUUGCGCGCAAUUGGACUAGACCGGCGCCUUUCGAGAGAAUAAUGGUAAAAAUUGCUCUCGAGUUGAAUGCAAUUUGCACAUCGAAUCGUGUCAUAAGUCUUUGUACGUUUUAUUCGAUACGCGUGCAAAUAACAUUGUUGUUCGUCUAACUUCAAGAUAAAGCGGAUGUAAACAAGAAAUGAUCGUGUAAUCGAUAUCUUAUUGGCCCGUUCUGUUUUCACUAGGGGUGUGCAUUAUAGGUUAGGUGCAAUAUAAAAUUCCACGGCAGAGUUUCCUCUAACAAAUUAUUAUAAAUAUCAGGACUUUCGAAAGGAACUAAAAUAUUACUGUUUAUACAUAAAUAUACAAGACCGUAUUUGUAUCUAUUGGGGGAAAAGCUGUCUGCCAUUGUGGCCUUGUCAGAGUUAUGUGACUUUAUCUUUACGCGAACGAAUAACGACUUUGAUAACGAUCAAUAAUUAUUUUCCAAUUGGACGUUCUUAUACGAUCGAUUUAACUCGGAGAAUUUAUACUCUAAUAACCUAGAUUCGUUAAAUCUGGCGUCUGCCAUGACUACUUACGUCGGAUCGAGAAUUUCCACGGCGAAAUCUGCAAAGACUUACGACUCGAUACUUUCCAUUGAAUCAAACGUGUCCAAAAGACUGGCAAUCCCGAGACGACGUCCAGAAUGUUUUAUACGUUGCUCGAGGAGGAAUAGUGGCCGCUAUUUACGCGAAAAUCGAAAGCGACUAGAGUGUCGAAUGUUCGCGACGAUUCUUUGGAUUCGUGCAACGCCACGCCGCGGUCGAAACGAGGUUCGAUCUUUUAAUCGAUGGACGAAGAUGCUCGCGAGGAUCGCGCGCCAUCGUCGUCGUUAUCUUUUGCGAGCACUCGACGAACUAAGUGGCUCGUCGCUGACGCCUUAACCUUUUUAGGGACAAAUUACUUUCUUUUCCAAUAAAUGACAAUAUGACGUCGAGACAUCCCAUACAGCACGAAAUAUUACACAAAUAUCGUAAUACCACGGCAGUACGUCUGUGCAAUAUUGCGAUGAGAAUAUUUGGUAAAACAUUCUAGUGACACGAGGGUUGAUCGUAAAGUUCCCUAUUACGUUAAAUUUUUUUUAUCGCAAUUUCUACAACUGUUAAAGCCCCUGUCUUGAACUCUAGAUUAAAUGUUUUCUUCACAGUCAUCGAGAAGAUUUAUCUCAUCGCGGUACAAGUUUAUAAAUUCACUCCUAGAGAAAAUUAGGUUCUCACUAGGUGCAUAUGUUGCGUUAUAAACAAUACACGCAGGAAAUUUAAAUUUCUUCAAGCAUACACAAAAUUGUUACCAAGGUAACCUGAUUUUUCGAUCAAUCCUCGUAUUAUAAAGCGACUAGCAUAUAUUAAUAAUAUAUUUUAUACAAAUUAUAUAUACACAUUCUAAUCAGUCUGUUUAUAUGUAAAUUAAAUACAUAUACUUCAAAUAUGAACAGACUGAUAGGAAGCAAUAUAGAUAAUUUUGAGAAGGUAUACUCGGUAGUCUAUUAACGAAAAACAUUACUGUGAUAUACAUACAUAAAAUUUUAUUCUAUAAAAAAUACAUUGUUAGUUACGUUCGCUUAUGCUCACUGCUUUUUAUAUAUGCUACAAUUUAAACAAUGUCGUUGAAAGUGGCUAAGAAUAUAAUCAUUUAUCUUCGAAAAUUAUAAAUAUGUGUACGUUUACGGAAUAUUUUGGUUCUUUGUAGGAAAAUAUUCUUGCAAUACUCUGUGCUAUAUGGGUUGUUCAGAUUUAAUUGUAUUUAUUCAGAAUUUUAGUGGUUAUAUCUAUCCUGCUGCAUUUAAUAUAAGUAAAUUUAUAAGGCGAGCGCCACUGUCCCUGAAAAGGUUAGGUCUAACCAUUCUUUCGUCCUGGAACAAUCGAAAAGCGCCGUAUAUCGAUCGAUCGACGACUUCGAAUCGAUUUAUUGAAGGAAAGUUGAUACACGACGCUGUCACGACGUUCUCGCGUUACUUUAUCGACUACGAGUAUGCAUUUAUCGACGAACGUUGGCACUGUUCAAUCGAGCUGCACGACUACAUUAGUAUUAGUUAGAUUUAUUUCUUUCUGAAGACUAGAACUCGCGGUAUACAUAGCGUUUCGGUUUUUACUCUUUCCUCGUAGCGAGCGGAAGAACUCUAAAUGGGUUCCUUGUAUGUUAUCGGGAGAUAACGGAAGGGGAAAGCUGAUUGUGGGGUUAGGAUAAAGAGCGAAGAGGGAUGCCGCGUGAAAUAUGCUGCUGGUCAAAAGUUUGAGAUCGUCUUAUUCAUCCUCGUAUUUCUGCUCCCAUAACUUAAAUUACUAUUUAUUAUCUAUAAAAGUAUUUAAUUUCAAACAGUUUUGAAAUUUCCAAAAUGUAGUAGGUAUAAUAAGACGCUAUCAGAAUUAUGUUUGUAGAUGUUGAAGACAAGUUUGCUGUGUGGUAAUAUUUAACACAAACAGGAGGCGUGAAAUGACUCUAGAUCUAUUUGAACAGGAAAAAGUUACUAUGGCGUCAGUAAACAUUGACAUUUCGUCCAAUUAUAUGGUGGACGACUCGUGCGAUGUGAUAACUUUUUAGAAUCUUUUUUAUGACCUUGGUUUAUUGAAAAUAUGAAAGAACUAAAUCUUUAAAAUAAAAAAAGAACCGAGGGAAUUCCCGUUGCGUUCCGAUCGAACAUCUCGCGGUUUAUUUUCGACAACUGUUUUGCAGGGCUGUUGAAUUGUUCAUAACACGAUCUGUUUUCGGCGCACCCGUCUGGCGGUCUCGAGUUUAUGACAGUAGCGUAAUUCGAGUUUACCAAGAACUAGCGACUGCGUUUGUUUCCAAGAUCCGAGAGUCUCGCCGGUUUCAGUCACGCAUGACGAAAGUUCCUUGUUCCAGGGAUGUACCGGUCAGUCGGAUCGGAAAGAUGCGCAGCGGUCGUGAGCCGAGCCGAUUAAGUUCGGUCACGCGCAGCCAGGAUGACACGAAAUAAAUCGCGUCGAUGCGGACGGGCUUUGAAAUGGUGUGCGUUACGGUCAUCCGUCAAUUUUUACGUCACAGUUACGCGACUCGCGACGCCAAGCAUUAACUUCUGCCGGUCUUCGAGGAAACUUUCGACCAUUAACCUCACUUACGUGCUUCGAAAUAUCUUCAUGAUAAUAUUACCACCGGAUCGGCGAAGUCCUCCCGGCGAAAACGAGUACAAACACGACCACAUUUGGACAACAUUUUAUUUUACAAAUUUGGUUAUUUUUUCAACAUCAAGAUAAUCCAAAUAUGGUCGUGUUUGUACUCAUUUUCAUCGGGAGGGCCUCGCCAAUUCAUCGAUGAAACUCUCGCAAAGUUAUUAUGAAAAAUAUAACAAGGUUUUGUUUCUUCAGUUUUCGUGGGGCACACAAUUCGAGACUCGCUCACCGUUGCCCCAUCUCGUUCGCCCUCGGUGUUUGCAUUCACUUUUCCCGUCUAUCCCCGCUUUUAAGCGAACCGGUGUCUUCGAUGUUGU